UACGUGCGCGUCCCCGUUUGCUUUCCUCGCGGAGCAGCCUGUCAGUUAAUUUACCGGAUAUUUUUUUUAAAAAUAGCAGUGUGCGGAGCGACGGAGUACACGCCUUGAACUCUAUAAAACUGAAGUUAUCCUGGCUGGAUUCCGUAUAUAUAACUUUACUGAUAUUUGUACGUGGAAGGGAUUGGGUGAUAUAAUAUUUUAUUUGUUCUUGUUAUUUUCAGUAAAAACUCUUUUACAGUAAAGUAAGCUUAGCUAGCAAACGUUAGAGGUAGCUAGCUUGCACAUCGUAUGUUUCGCGGCAGCGAAGUAGCCAAUCUGAGAACCCUUGCUUGUUAGCUAAGUUAGCUCAACUUGUGUUGGGUGAGGCACUGCGAUCGUGUUUUAUUACUUUAACAUGGGUCUAAUAGAUAUGGCAAGUAAUGCGAAAACAAGAUUUACGCAACUUUGCAAAAAUCUGGAAGAUCCACAUCACGUAGCAAGGUUUCAGAAGAUUUGUGGUGUGAUUGGGACAUUUUCUGGGAUUUCAACAGAAAAAACGCAUGAACAGGAGCAACUUUACAACGGAACCUGUAUUAAGCACUGCGAGGGUGAAAGUGACAAUUAUGACAUUUACGCAGGUAGCGAGAAAGUUACCGACGGUCAUCGACAGAGGAAAAACACCGCGACUGGCACUCGUACGGAGCAGGAUGGCUGUAAAAACGGCCUUUUGAACGGGACAGGUCUGAAUGUCGGAGCUGGAGAGACUGGGGGAUACACUUUUUGCUCUGGUGUCACCAGUGCAUCGGCGUCGGAAAACCCAACUAACGAUUGCGGGGUGGACCGCAUUUCAACAAAGGAUGCUGAUAGUCAGAACGAGAGUUCCAAAAACAGGAGCGCAGUAAAACCCAUGCGCAAGAACUCACUGACUGGUGAUACUGGGCAGGAAUUCUUAAUCGAGAAUAAGUUUUUAUACUACCUGUUCACUGUCGGAACCGAACUGGGGAAUGAACUCUUCUACAUCACAUUUUUCCCUUUCUUCGCUUGGAACGUUGACGCCUAUGUGUGUCGGAGGCUGAUGAUCGUCUGGGUGUGGGUCAUGUACCUGGGUCAGUGCACCAAAGACAUCAUCCGGUGGUCUCGUCCGGCCUCGCCGCCCGUGGUCAAAGUGGAGAUGUUCUACAACUCGGAGUAUAGCAUGCCCUCAACGCACGCCAUGGCUGGAACUGCUAUACCCUUUGAGCUAUUCCUACUUACUUACAGUCGAUGGGAGUACCCCUUCAUGCUGGGCCUGGUGCUGUCCUUCAGCUGGUCCAUCCUCGUCUGCUUGAGCCGAAUCUACAUGGGCAUGCACUCCAUCCUGGACGUCAUCGCCGGCUUCCUGUACAGCAUGCUGAUCCUGGUGGUGUUCCAGCCGGCGCUGGACGUGAUCGACAACUUCAACCUGACGUGCCAGUACGCGCCGCUCAUCAUCGUCUCCCUGCACCUGGGCAUGGGCUUCUUCUCCUUCACGCUGGACACGUGGAGCACGUCGCGUGGAGACACGGCGCAGAUCCUGGGCUCGGGGGCCGGCUUCGCCCUGGCCUCGCACCUCAACCGCCGGCUGGGCGUGAUGGCCGACCCGCCGCCGUCCCAGCUGCCCCUGACGCCGCCGCCGCUGGGCCCGGGCCUGGUUGGGCUCUGCCUGCUGCGCCUCGUCCUGGGCAUGGCCCUCCUGCUGCUCAUACGCGCCGUCAUGAAGGCCCUGACCAUCCCGCUGGUGUGCCGCCUGGCCGGCGUCCCCGGCGACGACGUGCGCAAGGCCCGGCGCCACAUGGAGGUGGAGCUGCCGUACCGGUACAUCGUCUACGGCACCGUGGGCUUCAGCGUCCUCUACCUGGUGCCCGAAGCCUUCCGCUGGGUCGGCCUGCUCUGAUGCCUGCCUGUCACGCUUCCGCCCCCCCCCCCCCCCUUCAGACCCAGCCUAUUGCUUCCUCACAGAGAACACACGACCCCUCUGGGGGUGAUUUCCACCCCGAACUGUGUGCUUUAAUCAUUACUGUUUUAUUGCUUCGAUGACUCGGCCUUAAAAACUGUUUUCUUUUUUUCCUUGUUGAUUUCUGCUUUGCGCUGUCCUUAGGGUCUGGCUGUUAGACGUCCGCGCGCGUGAUCAGAGUCACAAGAGGACUGUGGUUGCGUGGGCUGCUGGUACAGGGGCUGGGAUAGCAGGGUUCUGUGCACCACUUCCCAGUACUGCUUUCUGUUAUCUGCUGUGACUUUUUUUGCGGUGAGACUGCUUGGUCCAGCAAUCAUCUCACAUGCAAACACACACACGCACACACACACACGCACACAAACACACACACGCACACGC